AUGCUUGAUGUGAACACGGUUGUGUCAGGGAUAUUGAUCCUUCUCUACCACCUGGGGAAAUUUUACAGCCCCUAUUUUUGGCAGGACGUGGUCUCCUUCUUUCGCAUCCUUCAAACAGGAUACAAAUGCCACAGGUGUGUCAGCCGCAAACCUCCCAUCACCUUACUGGACUUCUUCUUGGCCAAAGUCCAGAAGCACCCAGAGAAGCCCCUGGUCCUCUUUGGAGACGAAAGCUAUUCCUACCGAGAUAUCGACAGGCGCAGCAGUCAGCUGGCCAGAGUGCUCCGGGACCACGUGGGGCUGAAAGAAGGGGAAACGGUGGCUGUUUUCCUCAAGAACGUCCCUGCCUAUCUCUGGGUCUGGAUGGGACUGGAGAAGAUUGGCAGUGUCAUGGCGUGUAUCAACUAUAACAUCCGAGCCAAGUCUCUCUUGCAUGCCCUCAGCUCCUGCAAGGCCAAAGUGCUACUGACAACUCCAGGUGAUGGUGACUGUUGGCUAGUGGGAAAUAGCUGCACUUCAGGGGGAAAUGAAAGCAUGUCUGGACUGCACAGUUAGGCGAGUUUGACCACUGCUCUCCUCUGGGCAAGGAAUCCUGGCAGCAGCCCCAGACAGCUGCUUUUGAGUGUCAUGAAAGGGAGUGAAUAGUUAAAUUUGUUUAAAUCGUAUUUCUGCUUCCAGGGAAAGGGGUUUGUGUAGAAUAUGCUUCCUCAGGCGCCCCGAAAACUUGGCCAGUUUUCGGUGGGGAGCACCAUUUGCAGCUCUUCUUCUUGGAGGAACAUUUCUUGGGCUGGAUCUGGAAGAGAUUGCGACUAAUGGCUUGUCCACACUUACCUUUCCUUGGCUCUUUCCAGGCAUGGUUGGUGAUUUAAAGCUUCGUGUCUGGGUGCCCUUCUUUUUGCUCCAGGGUUUUCUCUGUGAAAACUUGCUCUUCAGUGCUCAAUCUGAGCCAACGCCAAUCCAGGGAAAAUCUGAAUUCAGCUUUAAAGAGGAGAAGGUUUUUGCAGGAAAAUCUUGGGGGGGGGGGGCGGGACGGCUCAAACACAGAGCCUGUAAACAGUGGGGCAAAAAGUACCGGUAUAUAAAGUGUAUAAGCCCCUUUUAUCCUCUCUUUCUUCCCUGCUCUCACUUUUGAUGUUGCAGUCCCAGACAAAAUGCAUGGUCACAUUGCUCGAUUUUGCAAACUGUGCAAAAAAAAGGCUUGCUAACUUGGGGCUGAUCCACACUCCCACCCCCACCAAGUCUUCCCUGCAAAAACCCAUUCUUUAAAGCUGAAUCAGAGCAAGCAUCAAUCAGGGUUUUCUGUGGGUUGACGUUUGCUCCCAUUGAGCACUAAAGAGCAGGCUUUCAUAGGAAAAGCUCUGGAGCAAAAUGAAUAAAUAAAUGGGGUGGGGAGGCACCUGGACACAGAGCUUCAAAGCACAGGCCUUGGCUGGAAAGAGUGGAGGAAAGGUAAGAGUGGAUAAACCUUCAGCUGAUGUUUGCAGAGCUCCCUGUUUUGUGCAAGUUCACUGACUGCCCAGGUGACUAGGGAUCCACAGUGGCUUCUCAGCUCCAAUUAGGUACAUGGGUAUACCUCAGGGGACCUCUGGCCUACAGAUGUUCUGGACUCCAAAUCCUAUCUGCCCCAGACAGCAUGGCCACUGAUCAGAGAUUAUGGAAUCUGUCAUGGAUGUUGGGAAGGGGUAAGAGACAAGGAGAAGCAGUUUCCUGUGGAUGAACCAUAAUCCCAAGAGUCCAUGCUUUCAUUUUACUAUAAAAAGUAAGUUUUGAGCAUUUGUAGAACCUGAGAAAUGAGGCCAGGCACUAUGCAGGCACUAUUCUCAUUUCUUUUGUGAGAAACUAGCGUGCCCCUGCCUUUCAAUACAGUUUUCCGCUGAACAGUUACAGAAGUCAUUGACAUUUAGGAAAGGAGACCUAGCCAAGAAGACAAAGGGCACCUCUAGUCCAUCAAUAUUUGGAGGGAGGGAUUCAAGAACAUACUGGAACUUUUAAGUUUGCACAAUUAAAGUGGGUUAAAGGGCACUGUUCGGAAAGCACAACAAAUCAACUUUUAAAAAGAUUCACGCUUUUUGCAGCUUGGAAAGCGAUGGAGAAAAACAUUGGAAAGUGUGGAAUGAAUUAGGGAAUGGUUAAGGGGAAAAUGUUAAAACACCUCACAAGAAAAUCAGGAUAAAUGCAGAAGAACGCCAUUGAAAACACAACUGGGAAAGCCUGCAAACACCCCAUGCUGCCUCUUUUGGUGACCUUUUGGGUCACGUCCGGAUUUGACGCAAUGUGUGUAUAUACGGUUGCAUGCAUAUUGAACAUGCGUAAAUGGGGAGUUGCCUGUAUUUGAAGAUAUCCGUGCCUAAGGUUAGGAAGUAAGCGUCAAUAAAAACCUCACCUCUUUUCAUGCUCUCUUGAAGAUUUUAAGGCCGCCAUUGAGGAUGUCCUUCCCGCUCUAAAGAAUGAAGGAGUCCAAGUUUUCUGCCUAAGCGAAGACUCCCCAACCGAGGGUGUGGAAGCUUUGCUUGGGCAGAUCCAAUCCAGCUCAGCCGAGCCUGUGCCCAUUUCCUUCAGAGCCAACGUAACUGCUGAAUCUACAUCCCUGUAUAUUUUCACCUCUGGGACUACAGGUGAGGUCACAGUGAUGGGUGAGGGGGGCAAUUAUGUCUGGCAAUCCCAUCUUCCUUCUACCUGCCCUACUUGUGUAUGGGGUCAUUAAGGGAGGGGUAGUGCCUUUGAUAAGGGACGCGGGUGGCGCUGUGGGUUAAACCACACAGCCUAGGACUUGCUGAUCAGAAGGUCAGCAGUUCAAAUCCCCGCGAUGGGGUGACCUCCCGUGCUCGGUCUCAGCUCCUGCCAACCUAGCAGUUUGAAAGCACGUCAAAGUGCAAGUAGAUAAAUAGGUACUGCUCCGGUGGAAAGGUAAACGGCGUUUCCGUGCGCUGCUCUGGUUCGCCAGAAGCAGCUUAGUCAUGCUGGCCACAUGACCCGGAAGCUGUACACCGGCUCCCUCGGCCAAUAAAGCGAAAUGAGCGCCGCAACCCCAGAGUCAGCCACAACUGGACCUAAUGGUUAGGGGUCCCUUUACCUUUACCUUAGUGCCUUUACCUUAGUGCCUUUGAUAGGGAAUCUGUUUGCUCCUUCUGGGGUAGUUUGUCCCACCUUUGGUCCCCAUCUUGCACUCAGCUCUCACCUGUGGCUCCUAGAAUCUGUCAACAUGGGAAGGAAUGUAUUGGGAUCCCAGCAUGUUACGCUUUCCCACUGGACGGAGUCAUUUGUGGUUGUUAAAUGAGUCCUUCUCUUUUUCCUCAAGGGCUACCGAAAGCUGCUAUCCUUUCCCAGAGGAAGAUGCUGAUAGCAUCCAACCUAUCAGGCCACCUUGGGGCCGGCCCCAAGGACAUCGUCUACAUCCUGCUCCCUCUGUACCACUCAGUUGCACUCUUAGUUGGGGUUGGAGGAUGCCUGGAAGCUGGUAUGUAUGGAAUGUCCACUCACACACCUCCUCUGCAAGAGGGUGAUAGGUAGAGAUGGGUUGAUAAGUGCAUAGACAUACACACAUCCAUGAGUGCAGAUGUACUCUCAAGUUAGACUGAGAGACUGGCCCAAGAUCACCCAGUGAUCUUCAGGGCGAGUGGGGACCAGAGCCCUGGUCUCCCGGGUCCUAGUCUGAUGCUCUAACCACUACACCACACAACCUCUCUCCACAUAGGAUCCUUCCUCACCACAUAUUUGCACUUUAUACAUUCAAAACACCUGCCACCAUUUAAUUCUGAACAUUCUUUCAUCCACCCAUGGGAAGAAGCGGACCAGGAAACCUACGUGUGAAAGUCAAACAUAUUCAGGCUGUGUACAUAACAUGAUUUUAAAGCGCACUGCUCCCCUGCGCCAAAGAACCAUGGGAACUGUAGUUUACCGCUGACAGAGCUACAGUUCCCAACCUCCUUAACGCAAUCCUCCAGCCCUGUUUCAGCUGCUGUCUGGCUCAAGAAGCAAGGAGGCUUUUGUAUCUGUGAGGGUUCACUGCACAUUUAGAGCAAAUCCCUUAGUAGCUGCAUUUUGCUCCAGCUGAAGUUUCCAGACACUUUCCAGAGGCAGCCCAACAUAUGACUUACAUUGCAAUAAUAUAAUGCAUGGCACUUAGAACUUCAUCUGCCUAUACCAGUGCUCACAACAAGGCCACACCUAAGCCACUCUCUCUUUAUUCCCACAAGGGUCUACGUUUGUCUUGAAACCUAAGUUCUCCGUUUCUGAGUUCUGGAAUGACUGCAGACGAUAUCGCGUCUCCCUGAUCCUGUAUGUGGGAGAAAUGAUGCGCUACCUGUGUAAUGUGGAAAAGGUAAUCGUUGGCGAGAGAGGCCAGUUUUGUUGUUGCGGCAAAAAUGUUGCCAAGAAUUCAGAUGGAUUGUCCAUUUGGAUUCACAGCUGAAUCCAAAAAUAUAGAUGGGGGCUGCACCUAGAGGUCAAAGUCAAGAGCCCCACACAGCCAGGAAGCUCGCAAAUGACCACCUGGAGAGCAGCCAUCUUCUUUUCUCAUUGCUUUUAAAAAUCCAUUUUAUUGCCGAGGAACAGCUAGUGAAGCAGGUACACAGUUGCAGGCACUCAUUUUAUUAUUAUUAUUUAACUUAAAAAUAUAUUCAUCCUUUUCUAGGCAGCAGUGCCCCUGGUGAAUGCCACCCCAUCUCCAAAAAACAAACAAACAAACAAAACCCUCAAAUGCUCCAGAAGCUGCAUCAAUUUCCAGGGUAGUUUAUGGCCCUGUCAGUUUCUUUUGCUUGGUUUUUAAAAGAAGGCCCAUGGGCCCUGGCAGCUACCUGAGAACCAGAAUUGGAAACCAUGGUUUGGAAACCUUUGGUGACAUUGGUUGCCUUCUAUCUGUGGCACAGCACAUAAAUUGUGAGAUUUGUUCCUGCAAGAGCCAGUGAAGGCCGCCAACUUGGGUAGGCAAAUUCUGCUGUUGCGUUCUCUUGCUGCUUGUUGGCUUCCCACAGGUAUCUAACAGAUCAAGAUAAUAAUAAUAAUAAUAAUAAUAAUAAUAAUAAUAAUAAUAAUUUAUUAUUUAUACCCUGCCCAUCUGGCUGGGCCUCCCCAGUCACUCUGGGUGGCUUCCAACAAAAUAUUAAAAUACAGUAAUGCAUCAAACAUUAAAAGCUUCCCUAAACAGGGUGUCUUCUAAAAGUCUGGUAGUUGUCGUUCUCUUUGACAUCUGGUGGGAGGGCAUUCCACAGGGCAGGUGCCACUACCGAGAAGGCCCUCUGCCUGGUUCCCUGUAACUUGGCUUCUCACAGUGAGGGAACCGCCAGAAGGCCCUCGGCACUGGACCUCAGUGUUUGGAUAGAAUGAUGGGGGUGGAGACGCUCCUUCAGAUAUACUGGACUGAGGCCGUUUAGGUGUUGUACCAGGUGGGCCACUGCCCUGAUUCAAGGCUAUUCUUAUGGCAUACUGUUUAAAUAACAGCCCCUCAGCUGCAGUCUGAACCAGGUGAAGUUUCCAAAGAGCCUUCCUAGGAAGUCAUUCACAGAGCACAUUUCAUUAACCUGAUAUGUUUGUUAUCAGGAGGACAGGAAGCCGGCACUGGUCAGUGUGGCAUCAUUGUUAGAGUGUUGGACUAUGACCUUGGGACGGGGGUUCGAAUCCUCACUCAGCCAUGAAGCUAACUGGGUGACCUUGAGCCAGUCACGAUCUCUUAGCCUAACCUACCCCACGAGGUUGUUGUGAAGAUUAAAUGGGGAGGAAGAGAACCAUGUCCAUCACCUUGAGAUCCUUGGAAGAUAAAGGUGGCAUAGAAAUGUAUAAUAAUAAUAAAUAUUAGCAAAGAUCAUUUAGUUCAGCAGCGACCCCUCUGACAUGCUGCUUUGCAGACAGACAGCGACCGAGACCACUGUGUGCGAAUGGCAAUAGGCAACGGCAUGCGUGCGGAGGUCUGGAAGAAGUUCCUGCACCGAUUUGGACCCAUCCAAAUCUAUGAGAUCUAUGGAGCGACAGAGGGGAACAUCGGGUUUUUUAACACCACAGGAAAAGUCGGAGCUGUGGGAAGGUCCCACUUCCUCUACAAGGUAAUGAGAACUAAACUAGAAUAUCUCAGCAAACCCUGUUUAGAUACACAUUUUUAUACAGAUUGGUUUCAGUGAGGAAAGAACCCUUCUCCUGGGUUUGGUACAGUCCAAAUUUGUGCAUUGCAGAUGAAGCCAUGAAGUCACUUCUUCAGAGUAGGCCUAUGUUCAUCACCGCUGUUUGUCCAGCCCUUUGCUGCCCGAAGCAGAGCUCAAAUGAUGCCCCUCCCUGUGUGUUUUGGGGCUCUACGAUCUUACAUGAAAUUGCAAUUUCACACAUGUUUGGGCACCAUUCUGAGAGCACGGAGACCAAAACCAGGAUAUCCUGAUUUAAUCAAGGCAGUUGAGGCGUAUGAAAUAGGAGUCUCCUAACAACUCUCAGCACCCUUAAUAAGCUAGAGUUUCUCCCAGGAUUCUUUGGAAGUAAGCCAUGUGUGUUCAAGUGGUAUAAUAAUGCUUGAAAUAUAUAAGGUAAAAGGUAAAGGUAAAGGACCCCUGGAUGGUUAAGUCCAAUCAAAGGCGACUAUGGGGUGCAGCACUCACCUCGCUUUCCAGACUGAGGGAGACGCUGUUUCGGCUGCAGACAGCUUUCCAGGUCAUGUGGUCAGCACGACUAAACCACUACUGGCUCACAGAUGAGUGCCAGUGCACAGGGAAAUGCAGUUUACCCUCCCGCCACAGCGGUACCUAUUUAUCUACUCUCACUACUAUGCUUUCAAACUGCUAGGUUGGCAGAAGCUGCGACAGAGCAAUGGGAGCUCACCCCGUCGUGCAGAUUCAAACUGCCAACUUUCCAAUCGCAAGCUCAAGAGGCUCAGUGGCUUAGGCCACAGCGCCACCCACAUCCCUCUCUUGAAAUAUAUGGAGUGGAUGUGGCCCAAGUCUUGCAGCACACAAUCCAGAACUUGUUAUUCCUGCUGCACUCUAUUCACAGGGCAUGUCAGGACUGACCACCUCUCCUCUCUCUCUCUUUUUUUUUUAAAAUGAUAUUUAUUGAAAAAAUUUUAGAAUUACAAAAGAAGACAAGAUAGAUAAAGAGAAAGAAAAAACAAAGAAAAAACAAAUCACAUCAAACAAUACAAAUUAAUCAAAAGACAAAAAUAUACCACAAACAUUUAAAAACAAAUCCAUUAUUCUCAAAUCCUUAACUGUCAUUACCUUAUUUCUUUGACCUCCUCCUCCUCCCUUUUUUGGUAUCCUAGUUAUUAAUUGUUGCAGCAAAUCCUUUCCAUAUUUCAUAAUAUUCUGUCAUUACAUUACCUUAAUCUAUUUUAACCUUAUCUUACUAUAGAAAACCUUAAAACCUAAAACUUAAAUCUUAUUUUUACCAACUUCUCAUAACCAUAAUAUUCUCACAUAAUUCUUUAAACAUUUUUGCUAAAGCCAAAUAAUUUCGUUCCAACAUUUUUCUAACAUUCAUCAGUUUUAUAAAACAAUCCUAAUAAUAAAAAAGAAAUAAAAAGACAAUCCAAUCUUCAUCCAGCGUCUCUUCCUCCUGGUCCCGGGUUUUGUCAGUCCUUUUUAUCUCAUCAAUCUAGCGCAUUAACCUGGUAAUCUUAUAUCCGAGGCCCUUAAGUCCCUUCCAUGUCCCUUCCGCGGCUCUUCUUCAUAUUUAUAACUGUAUUUUCCUUUGUCUCCUGCUCCUUUCACUCGUGGGAACUCCAGCUAAAUCAGCCCCUUUUCCAUAGUCCACACUAAACUCAACAUGUUUCAAAGUCUCUCCAAAAUUAAGAGCCCCCACAAUCCCAAACAUCUCACGGCCCAUUGCCAGACUUGAAAAGUUCAAACAUCCCUGCAUAGGGGGGUCUAUCCAACCCCCCAUUUCCAAAGCAAACCAAACUUUAUCUUUCCAAAUCUGGCUUUUUCCAAGUUCAUUUGUCAAAUCCAAAAGCUCAUGUUCCUGCUGGGCCACAGCUCCCUCCAUCUCUGGCGCCCAAGAUUCAGCAACAUCCUCUUCCCUCAUCUGUUCUGUCAGGGCACACUCCUGAUUUAAUUCCUGAGUGGGCUCCAUGUAAUUUCCCACUGCCUGUUCAAAAUUUUUGAUUGCAUCAGUCAUCAAGUCCGUCUUCUCAUGUAGCUGUUCCAGUAGGGCACUUGUUUUACAGAGAGCACACAGCAGAGCUUCUGAAUACAUUGUCCUGCAAGGUCAGAAGUCUAUUCCCAGGAUCGUAAUCUGUAACAGCUGCAAGCUCCCCGAUUCAGAAUUAGUUACAGUUUCACAGGCUCCCUCUAGGGGAAAAACUUCUAUUUGUUCUUUUCUUUUAAAGACAAAUCUAACAACAAAGUUUCCUUUUUCAGAUAUUUUGUCAAUGUUUGUUCCUUUAAAAUGCGAAGGGGAACAAUGGAAUCACGAUGUUUCUCUUCUUUUAGCUAUCUGUCAAAAACGUUUGUCUCUGGUCAAUGAGCUUCAAAAAACGUCAGUCCUGACACCCCGCUCCAGGAUCAAGACGGUGGAAAGUUACUUUACUUUACACUUGCUUCUGCAGGUUUAGACAGUUCAGAAAAAAUCCCCCCUCUUCUCCUGCUUCCGAAGGGGGUUCAGCAAUCUUAAAUGAUGAAAGUUAGUCCUUUACAAGCGAUUUUCUGAGCUCUAGUUUGCCAUGUCUUUGCUUUAAUCUAUCUACAAAGAAACGGAAGGCUGACUUCCUGUUUAGACCUUCCCGUUUCAGUGCCAAAUUGAAAUAAACUUUUAAGUCCAAUUUUCCUUUCUGCACACAAGUCCUUAUUUAGAGUCCAAUUGUCCAAAAUUUAAGUACUCACGGGUGAUUGUUUUAGAAGCCAAAUUGUCCCAGGAAAAAGGCAGCGCUCUCCGGCAACGGCUGUGCGGCUUCGCUCCACGGAAGAAGGAGUUAACUCUCAGCACUGCUCCACUUCCCCCUCUUCGCUCCGGAGCCCGUUAGUGGGUUCCUUUGCGGGUUGGGGGGGCGCUAAAGGUGCCCGCCGAGUCCCAUGGUCACAGGCUUCAUCCGCCUGUGAUUUUUGAAAGGGUCCCCGCUUCGCCGUAGCGGAAAAGACCCGUUUCCCGUGGAGCUGGUCCCUCCAGAUCAGAGGGAAUCCGCCAUUACCGAUGGCGCCACCCCGGAAGUUUUGACCACCUCUCCUCUCAGACAGCUAGAAAGCAGUAGAGAGAAUGCAACACGAAGGUGAAGCAAGAUAAAAGCCCACAGCAGGGGAAAGUACAGGGAAAGGUACCAAGAAUUUUGUCGACAACCCCCAAGCAAAAAUGUACGACUUGGAAAGAUAGUUUGUUGGCAUAGUGCAGCCUCCGCAGGUUGCCCACUGCCCAGCUGUUCUUGCUGAGGUUCAAGCCUGAUCUCGUCCAUUAUGCCACUCAACGAAUCGUGGCAAAGAGGGGCAUGGCUGCCAAGCCACACUGCCAACAGACAAAGAAGCAGCUCCAGUGGCACCUUGCUGCAUUUCCUUACUGUGUGCCGAGAAAGGGAAACCCUUUUCUCAGAACUCCGCAAGGAAGCAUGUCUGGUGAGGCAUUUGGGCAUAUCUGGAUUUGGGCCCGUCCACUUUGGGCUUUGCCCCCCAACAACAGCACAUCAUUAAACUCAAAUGAGGCAAUGCAGGCAAGAAAGGGGUUCUCUGCCCCUGAGCUUCAGCUGCUACCAGAGGAACUCUAACCAGUGAGGUACAGCAGCAAUGUUGAGGGACCUUUGGCUCUCCAGAUGUUGAUGAAGUAUAACUCCCAUCAGCCCUGGCAAGCAUGGUCAGUGGCCAGGGGUGAUGGCUGCAGUUCAUUCAGCGACACCUGGAGGACCAAAGGUUCUCGAUACCUAGUUUAGAUCAAGGAGACCAGACUAAAAUCUCUGCUCAGCUGCAAAAUAUUAAAUAUUAUUAUUAUUAUUAUUAUUAUUAUUAUUAUUAUUAUUAUUAGCUAUAAGCUCCCUGUUCCCUUGGGUCAUUCAUAAAAUAUAUUCCAGUCCAUGUGUAGCCUUGAAUUUCAGCCUUGUGGGAUCAUGUUUCCAUUUCCUGCUUGUUCCACCUCAGAAACUGGCAAAGUACGAAAUCAUCAAAUAUGACGUUGAAAAGGAUGAGCCUGUGAGAGACAAGAACGGACAUUGCAUCCCAGUGACCCCAGGUAAGCCAAUAAAGUUGGCAUUCAGACAGGAACUGGGCUUUGUAUUGUCAGAGUCCUAACUCACAAGAAGGUACUGUACAUGGCCUCUAGACUGUGGAAAUUGCUCACAUCUCUCCCAGCAAGAAAGAUGGCAGAGUCCCUUCUUCACACAUAGAACAGAAGAAGAAUCAUUGAAAGAGGAAGUGUGAGCCACUCCUGCUUUGUGUUAAAUGUGAAGAGUCUUCAUUUUACAGGGCCACCAGAAGGGAUGGAUGCAUCUGUCAGUUUCAACUUCAGUUUCUCAUUUCUCCAGUCUUAGGUUGCUUCCUGUUUAAUGAGUGUUCAUCCAGUUUUGUUUGCAGGGAGAUUAGAUGCCAUUGGUUAUUUAAUUCAUCCUUAUUUGUUUGCAGGGAGAUUAGAUGCCAUUGGUUAUUUAAUUCAUCCUUAUUUAUUUGCAGGGGUGUUAGAUGACAUUGCAUCAAAGCCAGCUUAAAUCUUCACUUUCUAGUCCAUUUCCCCCAUUCCUUUCCUUUGUGCAAAAAGUUCAAUAUUUGUGGAAAGCAGGUUUGUUGCACAAGACCUCCUAUAAUUCCACAGACUGGAUUUGUUGGUAUGUGAUUGAAUCCUACCUGAAAAUAGGAUUCUAUAUCAGCUAAAUUUUAUUUUAUUUUUUAAAUUUUAUUUUAAUUUUAAAAUUAUAUUUUAUUUUUUAAAAGCCGCACAAAAAUUUGUUUCUUCUAUUGUACACAUGAUUGUGUGGGAUUUCCCCUAAUAUUUGCAUUUUGGAAAGUAAUUUUUUGUAACAUAAUGAGUUUCUGGCCUGUCUUGAAUCUACUGCUCAGGGAUUUCACAGGGUGGCCCAACUGAGGCCAGCAUCCUGCCAAUUCAGCACUGUCUGCAGCAAUCAGGUGUGGUGAUGUGCUUCACCCGAUUUAGGGACGAAUGCCUGAGGAAACAGUGUCCUAAAGCAGAGUCACUCGCAUGUGCUCCCUUGCUGUGCAUUCUGACAGCUGCUAGAGAUGCCAGCAGUGGCAGAUGUCAGUGGCAGCAAGGAGAACGGUAGGAAGGCUGGUCCUCUGUAGCAUUGGCUGACUCCCACCGGAAGCACCCAGAGGCAGUCGUCUUGCCUGUGGUUCUUUGUUGGAGGAUGAAUAUUAGUUCGUUCAGCUUCAUUUCCUUUUCUUUUCCCAGGUGAGACAGGCUUGUUUGUGUCCAAAAUCACUGGGCUUGCCCCAUUCUAUGGCUACGCAGGAGACCGACAGAAGUCGGAGAAGAAGAUUCUCCGGGAUGUUUUCACCAAAGGAGACUGCUACUUCAAUAGCGGUGACCUUCUGAUGGAAGACCAAGAAGGCUUUCUAUAUUUCAAGGACCGGGUAGGAGAUACUUUCCGGUGAGUCCGGCCACACAGGUUCUGCGGCUGAUAUUCUGACAAAUGUAGAACAGGCAGUCAGCACCAGUGUUUCAUUAGCAUAGGUAGCAUUCACAAAUGCUGGCAAACACCUAAGAGCUAGUGUAGGGCAGUAGCUCAGAGUGUCAUGAAGCAUCUAGUUCAAAUCUCACCACCGUUGUCCCUAGGUGUAAUUUGGGUAUAAUAAGGCUCACUUAUCUUAUAGAUGUUGUUGCAAGGUGGGGAUGGGAAACCUGUAAUCCUGCAGGUGUUGCUGUACUACAGUUCCCAUCUUCCCUGACCACUGGCCACGCUGGUUGAGGUUGAUGGGAGUUGAGGUCCAGCCAGAUCUGGAAGGCCACAGGCUCCCUAUUGUCGCCGUAAGGAUCGCAACAAGAUCUUGUAAGUGAAGAGUUCUGAAUGAAUGAAACCAGUAUCCAAAAACUAAUAAGUAAUUUUAUCUCGUUAUUGAUAGCAAAACAUCUAGCCCAUCCUUCAUCAAUGGUUAGUCACUGCUUCAAUGAAUAUGACUGGAUCUACGUACUUUUGCUCUUUCUACUGAUGCUUGUUCAUUGUAUUUUAGGGCUGGUUGUUUUGAUACUGUUGUUAGUCGCCCAGGCUAUUCUAAAUAAAUAGCAGGAAAGGAAGAUGCACUUAAAUAAGGAAGAUCCCAGGGUGCGUUACAAGGCAAUAAUACAGUAAGGGCCCCUCUAGACCAGUGUUUCUUCGUGGAUAUAUUCUGCACAAUGCCAUUGGUGUAAUAAUAGCGCAUUAGUGGUGGAUUUAUACUGGACCAUGCGCACAUCAUUUUGCUUUAUGAGUUGUUCUGCGAUGCUCCCCGACGUUAAUGCAUCAUCUGGAAGGGAUCCAGCAAAAGCUGCACUCUGCCAAGCAUUUGUGGCAUUAAAGGUUACUGGAUUAGAAGCAGGAAGUUACGGGAGCUUUAACAGUUGGGAACAAAGCCCUGUGUCCUCCCUGAAACUUUUGAAGGCACAAACAGUAUUGAAAGAGGGAGCAUGUAUAACUGCCCUGAUACCGUCAUGAGCACAAAGUAUGUAUACAAUUAAAAGGGUGUUUGGAGGGCCCCAAAACAACCCCUAUAUCAAACCAACACAGCACAACUUACGGUAUAUAAGCUGGCAAGGAACCACAAACUGGCCUCCUCGCUUGCGCCAAUGACAAAAUUCCCGAUUAUGAACGAAAGGAGGGAUGUUCACUUUUACCAAACCCAUCUGGGAAUAAUCUGUUUUGUCCAUGCAGCUGGAAAGGGGAAAACGUGGCCACUACAGAAGUGGAGAACACCCUGGCACCACUGAGAUUCAUCCAGGAAGUCAAUGUCUAUGGGGUACCAGUGCCAGGUGGGUCUGAAAUUCCAUUGGAUCAAAACCCGUCUUUCUGCUGCCACGUUUAGCCUCCAAAUAUAUGGCAAGAUUAUCCGCUCACCAGCAACAAGGUUCAGUCGCUCAUGAACGGCUGCAGCUCUUAGGUCAUGUGGAUUCUGUGAACCGAUUUGUGAAAGGCUGGUAGCGGAUAUCCCCAGACUGCAACUGAAUCACUCUUGCAAGAUAGUGGUCAUGCCCACAACAUACAUUUAAAGAAGCCUAUGUUUAAAGAGUCCGUGUGGUGUAGUGGCUAGAAUGCUGGACUAGGAGCUGGGAGACCAGGGUUCAAAUCCCCACUCAGUCAUGAAGCUCACUGAAGUGACCUUGGGCCAGUCUCUCACUCUCAGCCUCACUUACCUCAAAGGGUUGUUGGGAGGAUAAAAUGGUGUCGGAGCCAGCCGUUACAAAUGGCGAAGUUUAGCAUAAAAUAAAGACACAGAGAGCCAGCAAUAUUUUCAUGAUGGUAGGAGCAGCUCCUUUCGAACUUCCCUCUCCUCCUCCUGCAGCUUCUUUUUUUAUCCUUUGUCUCUCUCCAGCCGCAUGGCUGUUUGCCAAUGUCUCAUGUUACCUCAUCCGGUCAAGGCUUUUAUUGCCCCCUUCACCAUAUAGGGUCAAUCACUGCCCAGAGGAAACACAACUGCAUUUAAGUCAAUACAUUCCAAUACAUUGUAAAGCUCAGAGUGCUGGUCAGCCGAGGUCAGGGGGCACCCUGCAAUAUUACAAGCCUUUACCGUGGCUUUAUGGCUCCCACAUGCCCUCUUUCUUUAUUUUAUUAAUCAGAGUCAAUACGGUUAUUGAGCGCGAUAAGCGACUCUUGUGACACCGGAAGUGGGCUGCGGACUGGAGAACCAUGCAGUACAUAUAGAAAUUAAAGAAGGAAUACAUUGUAUACAGCAACACUAAAUAAUGCAAAUAACUACUAUAAUGAUCACUAAAAUCAAUAAAUGUCGAAGCCAACUUCCAUCUGGAAGCCAAGAAUAUAAGAAUUCUGAUUCCAAGCUGCAUGGUAGGCUUCCUGUAAGAGAACAAGAGCUAUUAAAAGUGAAUUUCAAUGUAUAUUUGCAGUUUGGAUAUAUGCCCCAUGAUUCUUCCCCCUCCUUAAUUUGAAAAUAAAUGGGGGGAGGCUCAUGGAGGGUUAAUUGUACUGGAGGCCAAAAAGUUUGCUUAGGGGAUAUAAUAUUAGUAAAUUGAAAAGAUCCAUUGAUAGGCACACCAUGAAGCAUUAUGCCGGAAUGACUGGCAUACACACCCAACAUUUAGAAGCAUGCAAUAAACUGGCAAACAUAAUCAUAUCUUGUACAAAAAUAUCAUCCCGCCAUAUCUUAUGAUAAUUUUCUCCCCUAAAAGUCUUAUUCAACAACGCUGUUCUUCUAGUUCGAAAGUGGCUGAGCCGUGGAUACUGCUAGCCAGAGUAGGAUUCUGGCGACAGCUGCUUGCCAGCCGAUGAGGUGAAAUAUGGUGGUUUCAACUGGACUGGGUCGUCUGCUGGAUCCUUGUAUAACAGUGCAGCAAAGGAUGGCAAGGCAAAUGGUUAGGAAGGCAAACACUGCCAGAUGCAGCUCGUGUGCAGCACCUCUAGGUGGCGCAUGCGGAAAGGUUUCAAUGCUUCACCCACAAAAUGUUGACAAAGUGUAGGGGAGUUCCGCAUGCCUUGAGGCAGGACAACCCACUGAUAUCACUGGGUGGGCUGCGAAUUGUUAUAUACUGGCAAUGUAAAAGCAAACCGUUCCCUGUCUGCUGGAGCCAGUGGGAUGAAGAUGGUUCAAUGUGGCCGAAAGUCAAUUGUUCAGAAAUAAGCUGGUGCCGCUGUUGCGGAUUUUUCUUUUGGUAGAGGCCACUGUUCUACCCCCACUGGCGUAUCGGUGAUCCUGGUUUGCCACACUGGAAACAAGUUGUAUCGGUGGCUACAGGCUGGUUUUCAUUUAGCGCUGCUGCCAGCAGAUGAGCCUUGUGGGUGGCUGUACCUACAGACUGACAAAUGUGAAGCAUGGCUGCUGUGUCUGUGGCAGGAUUGUGUAUUAUCGGUCGUAACGCAACCUUUCAAUCCUCAUUGGCAUUUUCAAAGGCCAAUUGUUUGAUAAUUAUUUGUUUGGCUUCAGGAUUUUCAAUUUGGCGACUCACUGCUGUAAGCAGCCUAUCCAUAAAGGAAGAAUAUGAUUCUCUUGCCUCUUGCCUGAUUGAACCCCACCUUGAUUGAAUACUGGUGGGUUCUGGGAUUUUUCUCAUUGCUUGUUUAGCAGCAAGAGCAGUGUCCCUCAAUAAGAUUUGCAGCACUGUGGCUUGCACUGAAGCUUGAGCGAAGGGACCACGCCCCAACAUGGCAUCUAAGACGUCUGCGAGGGUAACAUUUGGAUUAUUUCCUCUGACUUGUUGUAACAAGGCUGGAGCAUAAGCACGGCAGGCAGUUUCCCAUUCGUGGGCAAACAAAACACCAGCUGAUGGGGGCAACACUGUAUGGGCCAAAAGCUUGAUGUCCUCUGGAACCAAUAGCAGGGCUAAUGUGGCUUCUAAAAGCGCCUGCGUAUAUGGGGCUUGGAGUCCAUUGGCCUUUACUGACUGUUGCAGCUCUUUCAAAAUCUUAAAGUCAAAAGGUUGGUGUUGGGCUUGGGUGCCUGCUGGAGCACCAGCAGGGGGCACAAUAACAGGGAAUGCCAUAGUAUCCUGAAUUAAGGAACAGCCAAGGACUGCACGUUGAAAAGGUUCUGGUUCUGGUUCUGCCGCUGAAAGAGCAGGAUCAUUGCCAUCCAGACCACGGUAUUUUUGCAGGAUUGGGUCCUCAGGUGAGGAACUGUAGUCCGGAGGUUUGGGGUCUGGAGCUGCUGGCAAAGCAAGUAUUGGAACAGACUCUAACACAGCAGGCUGAAUUAAAGAAGCUGAAGGUUGUGUUGGCAAUGCAGCCAUGGAGAUAUUUUUUGGUGAUAAAGAGUCCAUGGCGUAACGAACCUUGUACCAUGCAUUUAGAAUCCGAAGACUAAUGCUGAGGUGCCCAUGAAAAUGUGCCCCAAUCUUGUCCCAAAGUUUUAAUUCCCAAGUCCCAUCUGCAGGAAACCAGGGGGAAUGCUCUUCGAUGGCCAGAAUGAGCUGCAUCAAAUCACCCUCCGGAACUUCCAAUUCGUUGGAGGAGAGGAGAAAUUUUAAGUCUUUUAAAAAUUUCUGUUGGGGAGCAGACAAAGAGCUGCCCAUUUUCCUAAAAUCAAUAUAAAUAAGAAGGGAUCGAACUCACCGGGAUCUUUUUAAGAUGAUUAGCGCUUGAAGCCCUUGCCGGGCGUGGUAAGCCGAUGAUAUCCUUUGCUAGGAUCGGAAAACCUCACACGGUCUCCUUUUAAAAUCCUCUUAGUCUGCCUCAGACUGUUUCCUUUAAGUUGCCUCACACGGUUUUCUUUUAAAAUCCUCUUAGUCCUCAGACGUAUUCUUUUAUUCUGCCUCACACGGGGCACCACUUGUCGGAGCCAGCCAUUACAAAUGGCGAAGUUUAGCAUAAAAUAAAGACACAGAGAGCCAGCAAUAUUUUCAUGAUGGUAGGAGCAGCUCCUUUUGAACUUCCCUCUCCUCCUCCUGCAGCUUCUUUUUUUAUCCUUUGUCUCUCUCCAGCCGCAUGGCUGUUUGCCAAUGUCUCAUGUUACCUCAUCCGGUCAAGGCUUUUAUUGCCCCCUUCACCAUAUAGGGUCAAUCACUGCCCAGAGGAAACACAACUGCAUUUAAGUCAAUACAUUCCAAUACAUUGUAAAGCUCAGAGUGCUGGUCAGCCGAGGUCAGGGGGCACCCUGCAAUAUUACAAGCCUUUACCGUGGCUUUAUGACUCCCACAAAAUGGGGAGGAGGUGAAGCUUGUUCACCGCCUUGAGCUUCUUAGAGGAAAGGUGGGAUAGAAAUGAAAUAAACAAAACAUUUAACACACACUUAAAGCACAUGGCUUCCUCAAGGAAUCCUGGGAAAUGCAAUCUGUUAGGGGUUCCAGGAAUUUUAGUUCCCGGGAUUCUUGGGAGGGAGGAAUCAUAGAAUCAACAAAUUAUAGAGUUGGAAGGGAACACGAGAGUCAUCUAGUCCAACCCCCUGCAACGCAGGAAGCUUUUGCCCAACGUGGGGCUUGAACCCAUGACCCUGAGAUGAAGAGUCUCAUGCUCUACCGAAGUGUGUUUUCAAUGUACCGUGUGGGAAUGUGACAAUCUGGAGGCAGUCCUGCAUUUCUGUGCUGGUUGUGAAGGAAAGGUUCUUGUUUUCCUCCACGGCUAGCUCAAAAACCAAAAUGGUCAAUGUAGAAAAUCCAAAAAAAAAUUGGAAAAAGGAAAAGAUCAGAAGAACAAGAAACUGGAUCAUUCAUAUGGCAGGGUAAGCCUGUGUGAAUUGGAGUGUUUUUAGCUAGCCAGUCCACAGCUGUUCUAGGUGCAUUCAUUUACAUGUGACAUGGCUUUCCACACACACCGCCAACCGGUUCCUUCUGGUUUGUUCCAGGCCAUGAAGGAAAGACUGGGAUGGCUGCAAUCUGCCUUAAGAAGGGGCACUCCUUUGAUGGGCAGAAGCUGUAUGCGCACGCCAAGGAUUUCCUGCCAGCCUAUGCCAUACCUCGCUUCGUUCGCAUCCAGGUACGAUCCCUUCUUGUCACUUUCCUCUCUGUGCUUGCUGCCUUGAGAAACCCCAUAGGUCAGCCUCCUACCCUGGGAAUUCUUCCCUUCCCUGCCUCUCACACUUCAUCAGCCAUCCAUCACCUUCUUGCUCAGCUGUUUCUCAAUCAAUGAAGCACCAGGGGGCAAGACCAUGCGGAGAGGAGGCUGGCUGGGUACAAUAUGUCUUUGUGAGCCUGUGCAUGAAUGGGCAUGUGUGUUUGAGAGAGUGUGGGGCACGGAUUCCUCUAUAGUGUCCUUUCCUGACUUUUCGGCUGUUUCCUAAUCAGAGGAGCAGCAAGGGGAGGGGAAAGGGUGUGUGUGUGUGUUGCAUGAAUGUGUGAGUGUGAAAGGGUGUAGAAUGACCUCAUCCAUGGCCAGUUCUGCACGCACACACACACACACACACACCCAAGAGAAUGAGACCCUCCAGCUGAAAAUGCAUUCCCUGCCUAUAGACAAGCACUGACCCAGGGCAGGCCAAGUCAGAAGACAUAGUCUCAUCCAGACUUUCUUUUGUGCCACACUUUCCAAGUACAGGUCUGUGCUUUAAAACUCUGCGUCCAAUAAGUUUUUGUUUUUUUGUUUAUUUUCUCGGGGGGCUCCCUCCCCCCCCCCCGGGAAAACCUGUUUUUUACCGCUGAAUCAGAGCAAACAUUAAUCCAUGGAAACAGGGGUGCUAAUUUGAAUAAAAUAUGGGGGGCAGGUAUUGUAUGAGAGGGAAGGACGUUGGCCCCUAGGAGUUGGCUCCUAUGCUUGGAAGCCCCGAUUGUCAUUUCCUCUGAGCUUUCCCAGGGAAAGUGCCAGGAUAAAAACAACAACACUCAAAGACAGCCAGCACAAAAGGAAAUCCGGAUGAGCCCUGAGUCAUAGAUCCAUGUUGUUUGGCCUUCAGCAACCGGGUGUAAAUGAACAGAGUGAAAUCCACUCUCGUUAUCUCUAAUGAGAUGCUUAGGAUGCCAGCUCCCUAGCAGAGCUCAGAGCCUGUUCUUGUACAUCUGUCUGCCACUGCUCAAAACACUGACUCCCUUGGCCUGCUCUAGGAAUGUCUUGGAGCGGGGUGUCGUUGGUUGUUCUCUACUCACUGCACUGCUCUUUCCCAUGCAGGACACCCUGGAGAUCACGGGCACUUUCAAGCAGAUCAAAAGCCAGUUGGUAAAGGAAGGAUUUGACCCUGCUGUCAUCAGUGACCCCCUCUUCUUCCUUGAUGACUCUGAAGAAUGUUACAUGCCCUUGACUCCACAGAUCUUCAGCACCAUUGCAGGGAGGAAGCUGAAGCUGUGA